CCGUCCUAUUUCUUUGUGCCUCACAACCCUCACCAACCCUGUUCUCCUACAUCUUGUGCCUCAAAGCAUUCUUGUAGCCUUCACAAACAGCAGCCAUGCUGAACCCAAAGAAGCUCAUCAAGAUGGUGAGGAAGUGGCAGAAGGUGUCUGCCUUGGGUAGGAGAAGAAUCAUGUCGAAGAAUUCAGAUACUAGUGCUACAGCAGACUCACCCAGUUCUCUGGUUGCAAGCAAAGGCCAUGUGUUCAUGUACACCACCGACGGCAAGCGCUUCAUGGUGCCCUUGAAGUAUCUAACCAGCAGCAUCUUCCGGGAGCUCCUGAGGAUGUCCGAGGAAGAGUUCGGUUUGCCGACCGAUGGGCCGAUAACGCUGCCGUGCGAAGCCGCCUGCAUGGACUACAUCAUCUCCUUGCUUCACAGCCGAGUCCCAAGAGAGGUGGAGAGAGCUGUGCUUGCCUCCAUCGCCAGUAGUCGGUGCACCACAGCUUUAGCUCCAGAGGGGCUCAACCAGCAGCUGGUCCUCUAUGGCUUCUGAAAGAGUCACUUCCAAGUAGGAUCUGUACAUUGUAUUCUCACCCUCGAAAAUUUUGAUCCUAAUAAUAUCAGCGAUCAA